UCUAACGUCAAAACCCCACAAAAAUUUCAAACACAAAGUGGAGGGAAAACCUCUUCGUCCCGUCAGUUCCCAUCUCAACUCUCCCGUUCUCAUACUUUCCCCAAUUCAAUCUUUCGAUUACAAUGGCCGAUACCCUAAGCCCUAACCCAACGGCCCAGAAGCAGAGGCUCCCGAUGGCCGCUCGUCUCCAGUCUCCAACCAGCCCCUUCUUCCUCGGCUCCAACGACGACCACCUCGAGCGUGCACAAGCACGUGCGGCACGCGCCGCCGCGAUUCGCAGAAAAUCCAUUGCGCUCAAUUUACCGCCACUGGAUGCGGAUACUGAUCCCUGCCUCGGCAAGGAGCAGAUUCUCGAGCUGUUCCAGAAUUGCAUCAAACUGGCUAGCGAAAAUAAAAUUAAUCAAAAGAACACAUGGGAGCUCAAUCUGAUAGACCAUUUGACGGAAAUUAUUAAGGUUGAAGAGGAAAAUGACGCUGAGACGAAUUUUCAAAAGGCAAGCUGCACUCUUGAAGCUGGAGUCAAAAUUUACUCAUUAAGGGUGGAUUCAGUACACUCUGAGGCAUAUAAGGUCCUUGGUGGAAUGAAUAGAGCAGGCCAAGAAGACGAACAAGAUACUAGUCCGGAUGAUGCCGCUGUUGACAAUGGACAAGAUGUGGCGCAUUCCAAGAAAGAGAUGGAGAAAAAGUCACCUUUAUCAACGCUGGAGUCGUCUUUUGAGGCUCUAAAUGUAAAAAAGUUUGAUGUUGCAUUUGCAGUUGAUCCACUCUAUCAUCAGACAUCUGCACAAUUUGAUGAAGGUGGGGCUAGGGGUCUUUUAAUGAAUAAUCUUGGAGUAUAUGGUAGAUGCAGAGUUCUCUUUGACUCGUCGGAAGUACCAGCGAAGUGCAUGUCAUGUGAUAAUCAACAUGAUAAAUCAGAUACCAUCGAUCUUUCUUUUGCUAGUGAGUAUGUUGAACAAAUGGUAUUGAACAUGCGAAUGAAAGAUGAAAUUUCACCAACUCUCAGGAAUAUAGUCAAUCGAUUUGAUGAAGAUAACAGAAGGCCAGCAGAUAUAUAUUCCUGUUCUCAAGAAUCAGCAGAGCAAGUAGACGCAGCCCAUAAUAAUGAAGUUGAAUUUGAUGGUGAUGUACCUGAGAACUUUGGAAACUGGGAUUACGAACAUGAUGACCAAACAAGCAUGGUAGAGGAGGGUCUUAACUGUGAAAAUUCAACUUUUCCUAGUUAUCACGAGGAAAAUGAACCGGGCGCUUUCGAUGAGCGUGAUAACGAGGAGAGACUUAAGGACGUUGAUGAGUAUUUGUUCUUAAGUCUUGGAUUAACUUCAAAACAAAAUGCAUGGGCAGGUCCCGAUCAUUGGAAGUAUCGAAAAACUAAAGUUUCCGAGAUUGAUCCUUCUGGAGAACAACCAGCGGUGGUUAAACGACACAGGAAAAAAGUACAGCCUGAUCUUGAUUUCACGAAAGCCUUGGAAGAAGAAAUGCCAGAUAUUUUUGCUCCUCCAAAAAAUCCGAAGUCCUUACUGCUGCCAGCAAAUAGAGCACCCUGUAAUACAAGGCUUCCUGAGGAUUGCCACUAUCAACCAGAGGAUCUUAUCAAGCUAUUUCUGAUACCUAAUGUAAAGCUCCUUGGAAGGAGAGGCAAGAAGUCCUCUGAUGAAUCGAGGCAACAGUCUGAUGAUUAUGGGCAAUCGCCAUUCUAUGAUGAUGAUAAUGUAUUUGGUGGCCAAUAUGAUGACGGAAUUAGCCAUAGUGAUGUGGAGGACUUUAGCACACUUGUUUCUCAGCCUCGCCAGGUAAACAAAAUUGAAGUCCACUAUGACAAGACUUCCAAACAAGUUGAUGUCCAGGUUCUGAAAGAAACCCUUUGGGGCCAUGUACAAGAAUCUGUUCACAUGUCGACACAGGGUCAAGAACAACUGGCAUCCUUCAAGCAAAUCUUGGCCAGCUUCCCAAGUGACUGCAGAGCUGCUGGGGCUAUCAAUGAAAUCUCCCCUCAUCUGUGUUUCAUAUGCCUUUUACAUUUAGCCAAUGAGCAUGGCUUGAGCAUCCUUGGCACCACCAAUUUGGAUGAUCUCAGCAUACACCUUCCUUAGCUCUCUGUUUAUGAUUGAAAAGGAAAUGAAAUGAAAACUGUGUUUAAGGUGUACUUUACAACUCAUAUUUAUUUAUAAUAAUAUCCUGCUGUUCCUUUCAAUAUUU